AUGCACGCGCUGUUCGGUGAGCAGAGCCCGUACGCGUACCGCGGAGGAGCCGCUGGUGGCUACUCGGCGGGAGUGACCCCCUACGCAUAUGAACAAUACCGCUACGGCUAUGGAGCGCCCUACCUCCACCCGCAUCAGCAGCAUGUCGGCACACCCAAAGACAUGGUCAAGCCACCCUAUUCCUACAUCGCUCUAAUCGCCAUGGCCAUCCAGAACGCGCCCGACCGCCGCAUCACCCUCAACGGCAUAUAUCAAUUCAUAAUGGAACGAUUCCCUUAUUACAGGGAGAACAAACAGGGCUGGCAAAAUUCCAUCAGACAUAAUCUAAGUCUCAACGAGUGCUUCGUGAAAGUGGCACGGGACGAUAAGAAACCAGGUAAAGGAAGUUACUGGACGUUGGAUCCAGAUUCAUACAACAUGUUCGAUAACGGUUCUUACUUGCGACGGCGUCGUCGUUUUAAGAAAAAGGACGCGUUGAAAGAGAAAGAGGAGGCGUUGAAGCGGCAACAGCAGCUGCAACAGGCGCAGGAAGCGUUCGCCGCACAAGAAGCGCUAAGCGCAGCGGACACGCUUGGCCAACCACGAGAUGUGAAGCCCGACGUGAAGCCCAGAAUUUUUGAGUGUCGGCCAAAGAGAGAGCCCGGGGCAGAGUGCGCCCGCUACGAAAAACCGACUGACACAAUGGACGAGUUCAGCGAGCCUCGCCUGCCGCCGUCCGCGGUGUAUUGUUCGCCCCAACCUUAUUCCUUGGCAGCCGAAGAAUUCCGGGCCGCUACCUCAGGCUGGUACGCGGCACCCGAGCCUGCUGCCGAGCAGCUGCCGCCGGCCUUUCGGGACCUGUUCGAACCACCCAGCUGUCAGUUGGCAGGGUAUCGCGGCGGCUCACCCGCUCCUGACGUGUACCGCGGCUCUCCGCCUCCGCACCACCAUUAUCGCACGCCAGCCCCCGCCUACUACCACCACCAAGCGUGUGUAGCCGCUGCGCCAGCGCCUGCUCACAAUGCCGCCAUCCGCGAAUUAAGCUGUGCGAGCUACGUGCGUUCAGCCCCAGCGGGCGAGGGAUCGGAUAAAUAUAGCACAGUAGCCGGAGAUGCCGUCGAGGCAAGUGGCGGCGCGUCGAUAACCACUGUUUACAGAUCGGCGGCCGACCCUGCCGCCUCCCGCUCCGUUCACACUUAUAGG